AUGAAGGGAUCUGCUGCCUCCGCUCUGCUUGUCGCCCUCUCUGCGACGGCCGUCCAGGCCCGUCCUGUCGUCGAUGAACGGUUUCCCUACACCGGGCCUGCCGUCCCCGUUGGCGACUGGGUCGAUCCCACCAUCAAUGGCAACGGGAAGGGCUUCCCCCGUCUGGUCGAGGCUCCUGCCGUGAAGCCCGCGACGGCCAACCCGAAGAACAACGUCAACGUCAUUUCCUUGUCCUACAUCCCUGAGGGCAUGCACAUCCACUACCAGACCCCCUUUGGGCUGGGCAAGGUGCCGUCCGUUCGUUGGGGCAAGGACCCUCGCAACCUCAAUCGGACCGCAGAGGGCUACACCCACACAUAUGACCGCACACCUUCUUGCUCAGAGGUCAAGGCCAUCACCCAGUGCAGUCAGUUUUUCCACGAAGUCAGCAUUGAAGAUCUGGAGCCUUCAACCACGUAUUACUACCAAAUCCCCGCGGCCAACGGCACGACGCAGUCGGAAGUUCUGAGCUUCAAAACCAGUCGCCCAGCUGGCCACCCCGGUCCCUUCAGCGUUGCUGUGCUGAAUGAUAUGGGAUACACCAACGCCCAGGGCACGCACAAGCAGCUGCUCAAGGCCGCUAGCGAGGGCGCCGCCUUUGCCUGGCACGGCGGCGACAUCAGUUAUGCCGAUGAUUGGUAUUCGGGCAUUCUCCCCUGCGAAGACGACUGGCCAGUCUGCUACAACGGAACUAGCUCUAGCCUUCCCGGUGGAGUGAUUACCGCCGCGUACAAGCAGCCAUUGCCCGCGGGAGAGAUCCCUGACCAGGGUGGCCCGCUGGGUGGUGAUAUGAGCGUUCUGUACGAGUCGAACUGGGAUCUCUGGCAGCAGUGGAUGAACAACAUCACGCUCAAGCUUCCAUACAUGGUCAUGCCUGGUAACCACGAGGCUUCGUGCGCCGAAUUCGACGGUCCUGGCAACGUACUGACUGCCUAUCUAAACGACGACAUCUCCAACGGCACCUCCCCCACUGACAGCCUGACCUACUACAGCUGCCCGCCGUCGCAACGUAACUUCACCGCCUACCAGCAUCGAUUCCGCAUGCCAGGUCCUGAAACCGGGGGUGUCGGAAACUUCUGGUACUCGUUCGACUACGGUCUCGCCCACUUUGUGUCGAUCGACGGUGAGACCGACUUUGCCGACAGCCCCGAAUGGAACUUCCAGGAGGAUGUCACCGGUAACGAGACUCUUCCUACCGAGUCCGAAACGUUUGUUACCGACAGCGGUCCGUUCGGAAAGAUCAACGGCAGCGUCAAGGACACCAAGUCAUACGAGCAGUGGCAUUGGCUGAAACAGGAUCUGGCCAAGGUUGACCGCUCCAAGACCCCUUGGGUGUUCGUGAUGAGCCACCGUCCCAUGUACAGCUCCGCCUACUCGUCUUACCAGCUGCACGUGCGCGAGGCCUUCGAAGGGCUUCUGCUCCACUAUGGGGUUGAUGCUUACUUCUCCGGCCACAUUCAUUGGUACGAGCGUCUCUACCCCCUCGGUGCCAACGGCACUAUCGACACUGCCUCGGUCGUCAACAACAACACCUACAUUGCGAACCCCGGUAAAUCGAUGACCCACAUCAUCAACGGCAUGGCUGGCAACAUCGAAAGCCACAGCGAGUUUGACGAAGGCGAGGGCCUGACCAACAUCACCGCUCUCCUGGACAAGGUUCACUAUGGAUUCAGCAAGCUGACCAUCUUCAACGAGACCGCCCUGAAGUGGGAGUUGAUCCGCGGUGACGACGGGACCGUCGGUGACUCCUUGACGAUCCUUAAGCCGACUCCCGUCCCCGGCGGUAAAAAGUCCCCGAAUGGGUUCCACGCGUAGGGAUCGAGCCUAAGGUUCCAACCUCGAAACCCAGAUUGAGGCGAUUGAUGAUUGAGGAUGGGAUGGGCUAUGCGACGACUCUGGAAUGAUGUAAUGGGAUUUUUGAAUGUGUGUCUAUCUGAUCUGUAAUUACGAACCGGCGAAGAUGUGUGCAUGUACAGAGAUAAAAAGUACCUAACCUAGAUACAUAAUGGCUUGUUUCGG